AUGCUCGAGGCGCAAGGCGAAAGCGUGGCGGCGGCCGGCACCACGACAGUCGCAAUGACAGGCGUGGUUUUAAAUCGGGCUGGGGAGGCGCUGGCGAUCACGAACGCGGGUAGCGUUGUGUGCGGAGCCGCCCUUAACAUUGACAGCCUCGCCGCCACCGGCGUCAUCUUAGAGCGCCACUACGUCUAUCACUUGUGCGCGCCAACUCGAGCGUCAACAUUGAGCGGCCGACUUCCGUACCACGUGAACCAACGGAAUCCAAACGAUCUGAACAGCAGCGCUGGCGUUGACCUGCGCAUGACGCUGCUUCCCGCCAAGCUCAAGGCGGCAGGAUAUACCACGUCGAUGAUUGGGAAGAGCCACCUGGGUACUCGCAGCGUCGCGCACCUCCCCAUCCGUCGCGGUUUCGACAUGCACUUUGGAUUUUUGGGUGGCGGCGAAGACCAUUUCACUCAGAUCUCGGGCGAGGAUCCAGUCGGCGAGCUGGUGGAUCUCUGGCGUGAUGACAAGCCAGCCUUCGGUGAAAAUGGCACGUUCAGUGGCUUCCUGUACGCGGGCGAGGCGGAGCGCGUCAUCCAUGCGCACAAGAAGGGGAAGGACGGCAUACGGCAGGAGAUGGUCUUGGCGUACACCGACUCGUGCACCACCUCUGCGCCCUCGGGCUGCAACGCAGCACUGAUCCAAGGCCGGUACAAGGUGGUCACUGGUCACCAAGGCGGCUCAGGGUUCUGGACGGGGCCCAUCCACCCGAAUACCUCUGGACCGGCGGAUCCGAAGCGCAACCUGACGGCGUGCGGCACCUUCUCGUGCUGCGACGGCUGCCUUUACGACAUCCAGGCUGAUCCAAGUGAGCACAAGAACCUGCAGCGGGCAAUGCCAGCGCUAUAUGCGCAGCUGCACGCGCGGUUGCUCGCGCUGGGCGCCACGGAGUACCAGACGAGGUACAUCCAGCCGGGCCUCGAGUGCAUCACCGCCGAGCAGGCCAAGCGAUACUACCGUGGCUUUCGGGGGCCACCUUGCUUCGGCAAUGGCCAGUUGCCCCAACUUGAGAGCCUUAGAGACGUGGUUUGA